GGAGAUAAAAACAUGCCAGGAGGUUGCCGCUUCAGUCAGUGUUGUCUUGAAAGCCUGUUUUGAAGCCGUGUAAUAGAUUGGUGUCGUUUUUGGACAGUGUCACUUAGAAAGAUGAGUGAACCAUUUCAUCAUUCUGUAAAUCCGAAUUCACCGAAAAUCAUUUUACAAAGAAACAGCUUCACAGAACUAUAAAUACUAUGCUUCUUUGUUCACUUAUAUGUGAGGGGGAAAUGUUCAGCCCUUAAUUUAAUAUAAUGUCAAAACAAUUUACACGUUUUUUUUUUAUCCCAAUGAGCUUUAUGUGUUACAAUUGAUCACAAUAACGUGUGUUAAAGAGCACUGUUCAACCCCCAUAUAUUUGUUUUCUGAGGAGUUUCCUCACAAGAACUGUGGAAAGCAGCAAACUUGGGAGGAAAUGAGCAUCACACAUUUCACCAGUGCGAUAAUGAUUCGCUUGAUUGUGUUGGCGUUGACCCUUAAUAUAGUAGUUGGCAGCGAUGAACUCACCUUCGUCACCGCAAGUUGCAGAGAGGACGUAGCUUUGCACUGUACUUUCCAUGAAAACUGUCAGAACUACACCUCUGUUACGUGGUACAAGUUCUACAAUAACAGCAGUGACAGAUCUACAACAAUGACAAUCCUCAUAAAGUCAGAAAAUGUCAUCCAAACUGAUAAGCGCAACGAUUCUGUGUCACUGGAUAAAAAUGCAUCUUUGGUCUUAAGGAAAGUUGCUCCUGCCAAUUCUGGGAUCUACAAGUGUUUAAUUAGAGCCAAAGCUGGAGGAAUGAACUGUCAAAAUCGGGUUAGACUUAAUAUCUCAGAUUGUGUGUCAACAGCUUCACCCAUCAUCUUUGAUUUCUCCACCAAGUUUAUUAAUGAAUCAUGGGCAAACAUUAGCAUCCCAUUGCCUCAUGUGAAUGAUGAUUCAGUGCUCUUUGUCCUUUGGGGUUGUGUAGGACUGGCUGUGAGUAAACUUGUCCUCAGUACCAUUUGCAUAUGGGUUUUCAAGGAGCUCAGCAAACUUAAAAGAAGACGGACUUAAGACCAACCACUGUUUACCUGCCACAUGGUUUAGUAAUUUAUUAUCAUCAUUUUAAUAAUUUAUCUGAAUUUACCUGUGAAUAAUACACUUAAUGCAACAGUCAUGAUGAAACCGUACUGAUACUCUGAGGAACUGAUAUCCUUAUCAGUGUUAUUUUAGAAUUAUUUAUAAUAUUAUAUACUAUUAUAGCA